AUGGACCGAAUGAUGACUCGGCCAUGGCUGAACGAUAUGCUUCCACAGGCAGUGAGCCUACCCGGAGAGGCACAGGAAGCUAACAAAUGGCUAUGACACUCUCAACCCCGUUCACCCCAAGCAUCAAAGCAACCACCACCAAAUCUCAGAAUCCCUUCAAGGCGGCGGCUCCGGGCGGCGGAUUUGGACGUUGGAGCUGUCGGAAGAAGGAAGGGAUACACCCUGAGUUCUACGAGGAUGCUAAGGUGUACUGCAAUGGCGAGCUGGUGAUGACGACGGGUGGUACUCAGAAGGAGUACAGCGUGGACGUGUGGUCGGGUAAUCACCCCUUCUACCUUGGCAGUCGCUCCGGCCUCGUCAUUGAUGACGACCAGGUGGAGAAGUUCCGGAAGAAGUACGGUCAGCUAUCUGACCUCAUGGAGAUUCCCGUCCUCAAGGGCGAAAUUAUUCUCCCACAGAAGAAGAAGGCCUCUUCCAGCAAGGGCAAAGGCAAAAAGUAGCAAUGAUAAUCCUCGUUAUUUUAUUUAGCUCUGCUUCCUUCAUUCCUUCUUUAAUCUGCAUUGCCUAUUGCAAUUUGUUAUGUGCGGCGGAGAAAACGGAUAGUGCCGUGUGUGUUUGAUUAAAUACCAAAUCGCUGUGGAUUAUCUAUAAUCGCGUUCUUUAGCAUGGUAAACUAGGUGAUGGCGAUAAAAAUGAAGAAGUUUUAAUGAUAAUCAUUGGACUAGUCUUUUGUUUAUAAUGUGAAUAUCCUACGCCGAAGGAAGCAAUGGUGUGCAGUUGGUUCAGUUCA